AUGCCCAAGAAGCGAGAGAAUCGGAAACUGAGUCCUUCCAGCGAUAACAGCCUCGACUCGAGCCCCAAUGACGACCAGCCGCGCCUUCGACGAAAGCGAUGGGCUCCCAAGGUCAAGACGGGCUGCGUCACUUGCCGUGUUCGCCGCGUCAAGUGCGACGAAACAAAGCCGCAUUGCAAGCGCUGCACAGCUUAUGGCUACGUCUGCGACGGCUACCUGACAGCCACAACCUCUGCCACCUAUGCCGCCUCUGCGGUUCAGAAAUCCUAUCAUGUCCGCAGAACCACUGCCGCUCUUGAGUCUCUCCAACUUGUCGUAGAAAGUCGGAUCGUGCCUCCCGACUGGGAUUUCAUGGAGUCAUGUCGUUACUAUAUCGAGACAAUAUUGCCUGUGCGUCAGCGCGACAUUGACUUUCCUCAGGCUGGCGUCCUCAAUCUUGCUACUCGUCACCGUCCUUCAUUUCUCCUGGCCAUGACGGCCCAUCGUAUCGGUCUGAUAAGCCGUGCCCUCGACAUACUACCACACCCUUCGCACAUGAAUUCCAUUACGCCCCUCUGGAAUCAUUUACACUCAUCCAUGGUGCUGGCUCUCCUCCGCAUUACGGACCUGCUUAGCGUCGAGCUCACCCUGCUCGGUACAGCUUGGCGUGCUCAUGUUUCAGGGUUCCUCGCCGUUCUCGACAAUUGCAUCAAGUCUGAUAUCGUUCUGCCCCCGUCUCCAGUCUUGAAGACUGCCACGCAAUUCCACGUCAUCACGGCUGCGAUUGCCAAUACGACGAGUCCUGCUUGUGACCAAAUCGAGGAGCUUGACAAUUUUACUUUAGCCCAAUUAGUCGAUUAUUACUCCGUCCAGAUGUAUGCAGAAAUGCCCUGCCCAAGCUCCCUCUUUCUGGAAAUGCUUCGCGUCACGGAGCUGCGUCGGCUGGCCAUGACUGGGGUCGGCUAUGACCGCGCUAUUGCUCCUGUUGUGCGCGACGUGCUAAAUUGUAUCGCUUCUUUUAUUCCUGAAACCUGGGACGAACCUUACGGCGUGCCGGAUCAGGCCGAAUUCGUGCUGAUGGCGCGCGUUUUCAAGUGCUCGGUUGCGCUCUAUGCCAUCCUGUCCCUGCCGCCGCCGCCGCCGUCGGUAUCGAGAUUUGAAGUUCUGGAAUCAUGGGCUAUAAUCAGGGCUGAGCUACGCCAAGAAUUGAUGCAGCUCAUGCGUGAGGCGCUUGGCGUCCUGCGUUCCAAAGCCGCGCUGUGCUGGCCCGUGGCAGUUGCGGGUGUGGCGGUUGCCGACGGCUCCGAUGAGGACAGGGAACUUGUCCUCUCCACAUUUCGGGACAGCGAAGGGGAGCCGAUGGAAUGUUUUUACGUGCCCAAACAUUACAUUGAAAAGCUGCGCGGAUUCUGGGCAUCUGGCAAGCGUGGCUGGGAAGACUGCUGGGAUGAGCCGUUUGCUCCAAUGGCAUAG